GGCAGACUGGUUCCUUUUGGACAGCCAAAAAGCCAUCGGCUUGUUCUGCUGCGGGGUCUCCGUCUACCUAACAGCUCUCGCCAUCUACAUGCUGCUGCUGUUUGACCUGGAGAUUGUCCUGCUCAUCACGGUGACACAUGCCCUGGUACGGGCUUCCCAGAUUUCACGCCGCAGCCGCUCUGAGAUCUCUCACACCCUGUACGAGAACGACUCUGCCCAGCACGGCGAAUCCUCCAGCAGUGAUCUGAACAACAAGAAUGUGGCUACACCCCGGCCACGGCCCGAGAUCCACCGGGAAUUUUCCUUCCCUCCUUUCCUGGAGCGUAAAUCCCAGCUGGGCUCUCCGGCCAGCAGCAACCUCACCUCCUCGGGCAGCCCCGGGCUUUGCUCCGAGAAGGAGAGAUACAACCCGCGCCGAACGCACAGGACGCUGUCGGCAGACUCGGGCCUGCUGCAGGCACAGGGCCAGCCCUGGAAGGGCGUCACGCAGGAGAUGAGGAACGUGCUGUCACGCAAACCUGGAGCCUCGGGCAAGGACUCGACUCUGGUGUGA